UCAGGCCUGAGUCAAGACCCGAAGGACAGGAAAGGCAGAUCUCGGUUCCCGACAGUGGGGACAGGACGAGACCCCACCAGCAAGAAGCCAGUCGAAGGGAAGCGGAGCAGAGCGCGGGGUGGGGCGAGAAGGCGGAGAAAGGGCGGAUCCCCACGCGGGGUCCCCUCGGCUCGCGCAGUGGUCCUCAGCUCCGCCCCGGGAGGACCACAGACCUUGCGGUGUCUUUUCCCCGCAAGGGGCAUGGUGGUCUCAUUGAUCCGCACUCCUCAUGCGUGGACAUGUUCCAGCAGAGUCCCGUUGGUUUCCCAGUCUUCACCCUAAUUCUCUCUUAUCCCAGAAAUCUGGGAAUGAGACAAAGAAGCCCAUCCGACAGGGACUUUGCAACUAGAUGGAUGAGUAUGAAAAAGCUUUCUCACCGAAGUAUCUGCAGAACUGGUCUCCUGCCAAGCCAACAAAAGAGAGAAUCUCUUCUCACGAAGGCUAUACUCAGAUUAUCGCCAAUGAUCGUGGUCAUCUAUUACCUUCCGUACCCCGUUCCAAGGCAAAUCCUUGGGGUUCCUUCAUGAGCACCUGGCAAAUGCCUUUGAAGAUACCCCCUGCUCGGGUGACCCUGACAUCACGUUCAACUGCUGGUGCUGCCUCCCUCACUAAAUGGAUACAGAAAAAUCCUGAUUUACUUAAGGCCUCCAAUGGGCUGCGUGCUGAAAUCUUAGGCAAGCCUCAUGAUCCAAAUCAUCAGAAGAAACUAGGGAAGAAGUCUACCACAAAGACUGUACAACAAGCACCAAGUCCAACGGUAAUUCCAUGCUCCCCAGCUGCAAACCUGAACUCCCCAGAUGAACUCCAAAGCUCACACCCUUCCGCAGGUCACACUCCAGGUCCCCAAAGCCCAGCCAAAUCUCCUAAGAGCCCAUUGGAAGCCCCUAAAAACACAGUCCUCAUCUAGCUGAGGUCCAGAAAGGCAAAAGUGGAACCUCAGAAAGAACCAAGGACCAUACUGAGAAAAUCUGUCUAGAGGUUGAGUGAAUGAGUAAGAAACCCCACUCAGAACUGUGCAACCGGGAAAUUACAGGGUGAGAGUAAAGCAAAUUUGGAAAAUAAACAUUGUUUGUUAAAUCUUUUACUGAUCUGGACUUCUUUUUUUAAUAGACAGAGUCUUACCCUGUCACCCUGGGUAGAGAGCAUCAAAGCUCACUGCAACCUCAAACUUCUGGGCUUAAGCAAUCCUCCUCCCUCAGCCUCCCUAGUAGUAAGGAUGACAGGCAUACACUACCACACCCAGCUAGUUUUUCUAUUUUUAGUAGAGACAAGCUCUAUGCUUUUGCUGAGGCUGAUCUUGAACUCCUGACCUCAAGUGAUUCUACCACCUCGGUCUCACCGAAUGCUAGGAUUACAGGUGUGAGCUACCACACCCAACCAGAUUUUCUCUUCUUGCUAUCAGUGCCUCUUGCAACAGAUAAUUAGGAGAAACAAGGUUGAGGGGAAUAGUGUAGGGAAAAGAACAUGACAAAGGUUUGGGGUGGAACACAUUUCUACAAGAAGUGAGUGAGUUACACUCCAGAAAUGACCAAGAGAAAGUUGAUCUGAAUAACCUGGAAGAACUAGUCCCUCACAUUGACCCAUUCAUUUUUCAUUCUAAGCAUAUACAACUAAACUUCAAAAUCAGAAGCACAAUUGUUUAGUAGAGCAUAUGUAUGUGUGUUUGGGAAGGUGAAGAAGAAAAUGUAUGAAAAGCCCAAGUAGAAAAGUAGAAGAUACUAUCCUUGUCUAAAACUUUAUAUCUAAACAGAAAUACAAAUACACAUACAAGCACAAAAUUUUACAAAAUACUCUCUACAUAUUGGCCAUCUUUUUCUACACACACAGUCUUCUUUUCUACUAGUGGUAAACAUGUUCCAAGGUAUGUUGUUAUGCAAGUAACUGCAUUUCGAAUGCAUUCCUUUAAAUGAUCCAUGUUUUGAAUCUUUUCCUUAUACACCAUGCUUUUAAGUGUCUCUUAAGUAAAUAAAAGUAAAAUUUUGUCGAUGAAUAUUUCAUAAAGGUACAUUUAGCUACAAUCUCCCAUUUUCCCUGUGUAUGGUGACUUUUGGGGACACCUCCACAUAGUUUGAAAACUGAAAAUAUGGAAAGGACUGAGAGAGAAAAAAACAAAUUAAGAAGGUAAGUAGAAGGCCGGGAGCGGUGGCUCAGGCUUGUAAUCCUAGCACUCUGGGAGGCCAAGGCGGGUGGAUUGCCUGAGCUCAGGAGUUCAAGACCAGCCUGAGCUACAGUGAAGGGUGCGGUGGUGGGCAUCUGCUGUCCCAGCUACUCAAGAGACUUAGGCAAGAGAAUCUCUGGAGCCCAAGAAUUUGAGGUUGCUGUGAGCUGUGAUACCAUAGCACUCUACUGAGGGUGACAAAAUAAGACUCAAAAAAAAAAAAAAGAUGGUAAGUAGACAUUUAGGGCAGAAAUAACAAACACAAUGUUCUAUUACACCCACCCCCCAGUCACCUGAACGGAAGGAAAACACCAAAAAAGGUCGAGUCCCUUAUCCAUUUUC